AUGAUCUCGCUUUUAGACCUACCUGUUGAGAUUGUGCUGCUCAUAAUCGACUGCUUCUUCUCCCAAUUUGCCGCAACGGAACCAGACAACAGUGAAGCCUCUAUCGCAACCCAAAAAGACUUGAACGCGCUUUCACAGACAAACAAAUGGCUCUAUGACAAGUUGGAAGCCCGCUUGUACAAUUUCAAUGCACAACAUUGUGGCCAAACAUCAUUGGCGUUCGGCGCUUUCUGUGGCUAUGACACCGUCGUUCAGAAGUCUCUGGCAGUAGACUCGUCAAAUAUAGCAAAAGAUUUGAGGUUUCCAACACAUGACUGUCGAAUCUUCCAUUCUCCGCUUUGCUGGGCAGUCCAGGGGGGUCACAUCUCUAUGAUCAAUACCCUUGUUCAAUCUGGCGCCGACCUUCAUGGGGAAUGUGUCCACGACUGCUGUAAUGCGCAGCUUCUUGGCCAGGCCGCAAGGAACGGUCAUUUGGAUGUGAUGAAAGACCUUGUAGGAAGAGGUUUCCGUCCAGAUAUCUUGUGGGAAACUAAUUUCGCAAAUCUGCUGAAUGAUGACGAGCCAGGGCGCAAAGCCACUCUCCGCCUGGCUGCUGAGGGUGGCCAUAUCCCGUGCGUUGAUUACAUUCUUGCUAUGGGAGAGUAUGAUAAUCUCACUUGCAAACAAUACAUGCACAGAAUAGCGAUGAUUGUGCCUGCGACAGUGGCAAAGGGUCAUAUAGAGUGUGCCCUGUUUCUGCUGAGCCGCAGUGGUAUCGUUGAGAGAACUGGCUUUUGUAACUGUGGAGUCAAGCCCGCCAGGUCUCUAGUUUCCAAUCCUCCCAAGCUGACCAUGGCACUGGAAGAUCCAUAUACCAUGAAGAAGUAUGGCCCUAUGCUUCUUUACCUAGGAGUUGCCACUGGUUGUCCACCCUUAUUUGAAGAGAUGGUUCGACUGGGUGUCCAUAUUGAUACACGAUUCCACGGAGGAAACACGCCGCUCUGCCUUGCUGUAAUAGAAGCACGAGCACCCGAAGAAAUAAAGAGAUUGUUGGAGCUAGGUGCCGGGAUCAAUGUGGGGAAUUCGCAGAACCAGACACCACUUUAUAUUGCAAGUCUACUUCGACUCAAGGGAGUCAUGAAGGUGCUCCUGAAUGAAGGUGCCGAUACCGAAGCGUGCGGGAUUCGAUCUAGGGUUGCUCAAACACCGCUGUGUCUCGCAGUUGCCGAUUUUGGGAUUCCCGUGUCAAAUACAAACUAUUCAAGGCGCGCUGCCCGGUCUCCCAGUAACGAGAUUGUGUCAUUGUUACUGGAGAAUGGUGCCAACCCCAAUUACGCAGAUCCAGAGCUUGGUAUAACUCCUCUCUGGCUUGCUGUUAGGCCACACAACAGGCUUCAGCCCUUUGCUAGGGAUGAUAUUGUACGGUUGCUUCUUGAGAACGGCGCAGACCCAAAACUAGCAUCGCGAAAUCAGUCAAUAUUGUUCUGGGCUAUAUCACACUGCCACUACGAUACGAUAAAAAUGCUCCUUGAGUGCGGUGCCAAUCCUAAUGACUAUGGGAGCAAUUUUGACGGCUCAAAAACCCACCGUUCGGGGAAACCGCUAUCACCUCUGGCGAAGGCUAUGAAGCUGAAAAAUUAUCGGAUAGCUGAGCUUUUGCUUGAUCAUGGUGCAGACCCUCUUGUCUCGCAUUGGAAGGAGACGUCACUGGUUCAUGCGACAAGGUCUAUGAAUUGUUCGUUCAUUGGGAAGAUGAUUGCCGCAGGCCUAGAUGUGAACGAGUCUGUGAUGGACGAGACACCUCUCCACCUGGCUGUCUGGCAAAAUAACGUUGAAGUGGCGGAGUUACUACUUCGUCGAGGAGCAGAUCCGAAUAUCAAGGUUGGGGGGACUUCAUGUUAUUCAUCAAGUUCAAUCUUGUGGUGGGCUUCCUAUUGUCCCUCUCCAAGUGGUGCAGCCAUGGUAGAGUUGCUAUGUGCGUAUGGUGCCAGGGAGCUGUAUGAUACUAAUGUUUACACGGAUGGACGCACACCCAAGGUUGUUCCUCCGGUUUCAGGAUACUUGUAA